AUGGCUGAAGCCAUCCCUCAAACUAAUCCAGUUUUGCGCAACCCACACAACCACAGCGACAAAGCAGAGAGAAAGUUCUUGCGUCAAACCUACAAACUCCACCAAAAGGCAGAGGCACAUGCGCCUCAAUCACACCAGCAAGAACAUGAGAAGAAAGAUAAGCAGCCAGCUGGGGGCUUUGACGCCACUUCCAUCCCUUCGCAAAUACCAGGUUACACCGUGAGAAUUACUUUUCAUCGAGCCCACAACCUUCCAUUUGCCGACUUCACUUCGCUCUCCUCAGAUCCAUACCUUGUCGCAGUUCUGAAAACAGACCUGCCAAAAAGGCAUAAACAAGAUCCCGACCUCGUCUUCCGUACACCCACAAUAAGACGGAACACCAAUCCAAAGUGGAACUCUGUCUGGAAAGUUGCACAUGUGCCGGCCUCUGGCUUUACCAUGAAGAUUCGCUUGUUUGAUGAGGACCCUGCCGACCAUGAUGAUCGAUUGGGGAAUGUCCACGUACAUAUCAAAGGUAUUAGCGAAGGAUGGGGUGGCCUAGCGGAGCAAAGCUACACCAUCAAGAAACGGAUGGCCAGCAAGAGAGCGUAUCUCUUCCGUGGAUGCGCGGCCCUUAUCUCCAGCAAUGUGAAGAUGAAUGGCGAUUUGAUAGUCAGCGUCGAAUGUCUGGGUAGAUCCGAGGGUGAUGGAGGACGAGUAUAUACCCUGGGACCCCUACCAUGGACGCGGCACUAUUCACCGCUGAUAGGCCGGCUGACAGGUACAAAGGAUAGAAGUGAGACCGAAGACGGCAAGAAAAUGCCAGAGAGGUACAACUUCCAGGCCAUACAGAUGCAACUUGCCGGCCCUGUACCUGCGGACUUGUAUCACCGCUAUGUCGAGUUCAAGCCCUUCAUUGCCGGCAUGUUCAAUUCCCGCUCCAUAACAGGACGAGUUCUUAACCAUGCGUUACAUCACCAGCAUAGUCGCAUCUACAACUUCGACCGCUCAACUCAGUAUGGAUGCUUCCAGGAGCCAUGCAUAGACAUGACAAAGCAGUUCCUCAAUUUCGUGCAUUACGAUCACGGUGGCAGGAUAUUUACGUACGUACUAACUCUUGACGCACAAUGGCGCUUCACAGAAACGGGAAAGGAGUUUGGGAUCGACAUGUUGUCCAAGCAUACCAUGCAUAGCGAUGUGAGUAUCUACAUCGCCUUCAGCGGAGAAUUCUUUAUCCGCCGUAUCAAGAAGUCGCGGCGACCGAUAGUGAAGCGAGCUAGUCCAGGAGGAAGCAGUAGUAGAAGCGAAGGCGGCGCUGAUAGUCAGGAUCCAGAAUCGAAUGCGCUACCACCCGAAGCAGAAAGCGAUGCAGAUGACGACUCGAAACCUGAUCCUAAUGGCACGGACUCUUCCACGGAUCCAGCGAGCUACGAACUUUUUAUCGAUAAUGACAGUGGGACCUACCGGCCUAGUGCGAAAUGCCUGCCAAAUUUUCGGGACUAUAUGCGCCACUCAUUGCCAGGUUUGAGAGUCGUAACGCUGGAUUGUCAGGCAGACGCUGAGAAGUUGAAGAGACUAAAGCAGGAACAAGUGGAGAGAAAGAGGAAGAUGAAGGGCAGUGUGCAGUACCUGCAGCGGACGAGUGACAGCAGUAGCAUCAGUUCGAGCGAUGAGGAGGACCUGGAUGAGCUCGAAAGAAGGAAUAGGGACGACGAAGAUGAGAAGCAUGGCAAAGGGCGAAAGAUGAAAGAGAGGGUCAAGACGGCAACAGUAGGGGUCAAGACUGUAUUGGCUGGUGCUGCUCGUGGUGGUGGCAUCGAAGAAAAUGAAAAAAGUGGGGAGGGGUGUGGAGGUAGCGGUGGUAUUGUGGGCGAGGAUGGGCCGGUACGAAUGCGAGAGGAGAAGGAGAAGCUCAAAGCCGAGAACACAGCACAAAGAUAG